UUGCAGCUACAAAGGAAUUGACAAAAUUAUAAUUUUGGUAGAGCAUAUUAUACAAUUGCAUGUAAUAUAAUAAUGUCGGGGGCGCAAGGAGCACAACCAAAGGGAUCUCUAACACCAACUACAUAUGAAUCAGUUAUUAAUGAGAAAGAGGUGGACAAGAAGCCUAGAAUGGAUCUCCAUUCUCGUGAAGAUGAGAAGGGCAUUCAGAUUGAUAAACUUCAGGACAAGGUGGAUGAUGCAGCAGGCUCAGGGGGUCCUGUUUUUGGUGCUGGAAAGGAUGAAAACAAGCAAGAUUUAGGCGUUACUGGCACCGCCCCGUAACAACUAAUACUACCAUACUAUGUGCCAAGUGAUCUAGUUUUCUAGUUUUAUUUUACAACUCUCGUGGCUUGUGCUAUGUUUUUUUCAAUGCGUAACGAAGAAAAAUAUGCUACUCUGGUGGUAGUAGUAGUAGUAGUAGUAGUCAAUGGUACGGGAAGUUUCAUAUGUAUGGGGCUUGUUGAAAUAAUCCAAAGUUGGUAAACAAUGAUUCAAGGCUGG